AUCUAUUUUGGGCAGAGCUUGAGUGAACAGCGGUGAGCCCACAGUAGCAACUCGGUGGAAAUACGUCGACUCUUUCUAGCUUUCUUGUUGUGGUGAGCUCUGUGCACUAAUUUGUCCGAUUCCCCAGUAGCAAAUCUCACAGAUUUUCAGUUUAGGGAGAGAAAGGGAGAAGACGAGAGAGGAAGAAGAUAAGAGUACACUACAGUAGAAAGAGAAAGAAAGAAAGGGAAGGAAACAGCGGCACUUGAAAGAGAGAGAAAAGUAAGGGGGAAACCUGCUGGAGAUUGGGGUUAGGGUGGUAGUGGGCGCGGGUCCGCGGGUGGGGCAGACCCGGUCUGAUGGUCAGACCGGUCUGACAGGAGAAUUUGCGUUGAAUAAUUGUAUCUCCUUUCCAAUUAAAAGAUCAUCGCAAUUUAUCCCUAAAUCUUACGCCUAAAAAAACCCUAGUUCAUAUCCCCAAUCGAUGGUUAGGCCCAACAGGCAACAACCCAAAAACCCGUAAUCCGCUUCGAAUUGUGAGUAACUGGAGCUCCGAGGAUCAGUUUUAUCCCCGUUUCUGAAUUGUGAAGAAUUCAGAGAAGCUCCAACGAACUUCAAUGGCGGGAGGUCAGUCGGAGAGAGAAGACAAAGUUUCAUUGGAACUGACAGAGGAAAUCCUUCAGAGCAUGGAAGUUGGAAUGGCAUUCCGCGACUAUAAUGGAAGAAUCAGUUCGAUGGAUUUCCAUAAGACAUCAAGUUAUUUGGUAACUGCUAGCGAUGAUGAAUCUAUUCGUCUCUAUGAUGUUGCUAGUGCAACAUGUUUGAAGACAAUCAACAGUAAAAAAUAUGGGGUUGAUCUGGUUAGCUUUACCUCUCAUCCCACAACUGUUAUUUACUCGUCAAAGAAUGGCUGGGAUGAAUCACUGCGGCUUCUUUCAUUGCAUGAUAACAAGUACUUGAGGUACUUCAAGGGUCAUCACGACAGGGUUGUUUCCCUAAGUCUCUGCUCCAGAAAUGAUUGUUUUGUUUCUGGAUCACUGGAUAGAACUGUAUUGCUUUGGGACCAAAGGGCUGAGAAAUGUCAGGGUCUUCUACGUGUUCAAGGGAGACCGGCUGCAGCUUAUGAUGAUCAAGGACUUGUUUUUGCUGUUGCCUUUGGAGGAUACAUAAGAAUGUUUGAUGCUAGGAAAUAUGAAAAGGGCCCUUUUGACAUAUUUUCUCUUGGGGGAGAUGUUUCAGAAGCCAAUGUAGUCAAGUUCAGUAAUGAUGGAAGACUUAUGCUUCUGACAACAUCAAAUGGACAUAUUCAUGUGCUUGAUUCCUUCCGUGGAACCCUUUUGUCGACACACAACGUCAAGCCAGUUUCAAGCAAUUCUACUUUGGAGGCUUCUUUCAGUCCUGAGGGAUUGUUCGUCAUAUCAGGUUCUGGAGAUGGUAGUGUUUAUGUUUGGAGUGUUCGGAGUGGAAAAGAGGUUGCCAGUUGGAUGAGUACUGAAGCAGAACCGCCUGUAAUCAAAUGGGCCCCAGGAAGCUUAAUGUUUGUGACUGGCUCUUCUGAAUUAUCCUUUUGGAUACCGGACUUGUCUAAACUAGCAGCUUAUGUUGGAAGGAAGUAGGAAUUUCCAAUGGUACCUUCUUGUGCUUUCCAUGCAUGAGUAUGGCUUGUUGUGCUUUUACUUGGUGAUCCUACAGAAUGGCAUAUUCAUCGAGCUUUUGCAUGCUUAUCUUCUGGAACAAAUUAGUUGGAGAUGAAGAGAUGGAGAUUACGAACUAUUGCUGCAUCUCCUCCACAUGAGAAAUGAAAGCAGUUUUGCAUGCUCAUGGCUGCUUCUUGAAGUGUGGCACAUGAAGCACCAUCAGUUGAGGUGAGAAUUGUCGAAGCAGUAAGUUAUCUUGGAGCAUCUAGAUAGGUAUGCCGUGUAACUCUCUUUACAUCAGUGUGAUCUUUCUUUGGUAGAUUUUUCCUUGUAUAUGUUAGCAGUAGAACCUUGGAUGUUGCAGCCCUUCAACUCGUGACUAUGUAUAUCUUGCUUCUUCUAAUUGUGAAUAUACAUGAAAUGUUGUGUU